CUUAGAGAAUAAUUGGAAAGUUCAAUAACUUUUUAAAGGCAAAACUAUGCAUUUCAGUCAUUUCAGACAAAUGAACCUGAGCAACUCAGGUUGACAGGUUUACCAUACUAGACUUGUAAAUCGGAGAACAGGUAAUGGGCUCAGAAGUUGUUAAGUUUCACAAGAAAAUGGUACGUUUUUAAAGCCAUUUAAAACAUGACAUUAUUAGCAAAACGUUAUGUGAAUCACAAGAAAAAGUACAAAAUUAAAUGCUUACAUGAGAAAUGUUUGGAGGGAAAUGUGUGACUAUUUUUAGGAGUUAACUGUUGACUUCGUGCUCAAGUGAGCUAAAUAUCAAGACGAGGUAUCAUUUUCAUCAAUAUAUAUUAUGACUUGGGGCUUUCUUAAUGGGACACAUCAAAAUGAGUUUUCAGUACACAGAAAUCCUAAAAUGGACAAAGAAAUAUAUACAAUCAUUGCAAAAGAAAUAUCCACCAGUUACAAAAAUAAAUUUGCCUCAUUGAAUAUAUAGACUAGAUCUGGUAGACCGAGUAUUUCUCUAUUGAACAUGUCAUGAAAACAGAGAAAACAGGAGACAAAUCAUGUUAGAUAUUUGUAUCAAAUACAAUGUAUAUCUAUUUUGUUUUGAGCGAAAACAGAACUUGUGAAUGUUAUAGAUAUAUCACAUGUAACAAAAAACAAGUUGCUUAAAAAAAAAUCCGAAGCAGCUGCCUCAGUGUGCCUCAACGUAGUUACGGCACUGAUAGUAGCGUUGUUUGUGGAGUGUAGCGGCCGUAAAAUAUGUUCCCGUACCUUCAUUCAGCGUUUUUAUAUCUCUCUCUUCAGAUCGGUCAGCACGAUAUUGAUGUUGUGUUAGUGAAUUGUUUAAUUUUUCAGCUUAACCAUUUCGGCUUGGGUGGUUCCAAAACAACCGCUUUAGUAGCUUUUGGUUUAAUCACCAUUUAAAUACGGUGCCUGCUAUAUACAUGCUAGAUACGAACACAUUUUGGAGGUCCCAAUAAGCUUAAAUAUUAUACUUUUCCAUCUUUUGAUACGAAUUAUUUUUAGAAGUCGUGGCCGUUAUAAAAUGUGUUGAAAAUAAUAAUAUGGUCAAGCUUGUGCCACGUGGCAAUUGGACAAUGGAGUAGUUCACACUUAUUCACAAACAGGCACUCGGUUCUUUGUGUAUCAUGUCAAUAUAAAAACAAUUUAAUCAUGAUCAAUUGACAGGUCAAGAUUUAAAGAGGUGUAAAUAAUUUUAAACACAUUAUGGACGUUCUAGUGUCGAUACAGGUAGGUUGCGUCUUACAAAAUAUACAAACUUUUAUACCUCUAAGACUGAUUGUUAUAAAGUACCUGCUUCAAUGUUGGCGGUGGAUGUAAAUUGGCGCUCUGGACCUCGACCGCACAUUAAAAUUUAGAUUAUUACAGUUUUACCUGUUUAAGUAUGACUUUUCUUGAAUAAUUGCAAUGUUAUCUGAAUAAAUUAACUUAAUCAGUUUAAAACUAUUAACUACUUUCAUAUAUCGGAAUCUAUUCACCGAUGAUACCGGUGAUACUGCCCAAAUUGCUCGGACAAAUUAUCUGGUCAUACAUUCAUUAAUACGAAUUUCGUUUGAUACGAACAUAUUUUUUAGGUCCCGAAGAGUUCGUAUAAAGCGAGUUUGACUGUAUAUUUAUUUUGUCUUUUGGUAGUUUUUGUGAUAUGCAGGUUCCAUAGCCUCAGAUUUCCUCUCUAGAUUAUCCCAGUUUGUUUAGUUAUGCUUUCUCGUAAAGCUAUUACUUUAACUGUGGACCAUCAUAGAAUUGCACUCUGUACUUCAGUGAAGGUUCAUAAAUACCUCUGCGGAUUUAUCUAAAUUAUAUUCUGGUACUUAUGACAUUAGUAAAUGUUGACGAUCUGCUCAGCCUGGGGUUAGAGGGCGUGGACUGUAGCUUGCAUUUCCACUGCCAACCAUGAACAGGCUCAGUCAAACCGAGCUUGCAACAGUUUAGUUUAUGUCAUGUUGGGUGACCUGUGGUUUCAACUUUUCUAUUUUACAUAUCAAUAACAAAUAAAAUGAGAUAUCUUGUACAUGUAUCAAAUAAAAUAUCCAUUCAAUAAAUGAGCUUUUACAUUUAUAUAAUUCUCUUGAUAUAACAGUGUGUAGCAAAUAAAAUAUACAUUCAAUUAUAAAAUUUAUUAUAUUAAAUGAUAUUUAACAUUUAUGUAAUUCUCUUGGAAAGCGGCCAAACGCGCACUUCAAAAUAUAACAGUGUGUGGUAAUAAGAUAUCGUAGACGUAUAUCAAUUGAAUUAACAUUCAAGUUUAAAUAUUUGACUAUGCAUUUUAUGUAAUAUUAAAACAUGUUUAAAAUUUGAAAAAUAACUGAAGCUUUUAAAACAUGAGGGAGACAUAUACUGUUUAUACAAUUGACGAUAAAGAUGAUAACAAUGACGACAAUGGUGCAAGCAGUUCUACAAGAGAUAAUGAAUCAAAUGACUUUAAACACUUGGAUAAAGGAUGGUCGUACGUGAUACUAUUUGCCAGUUUUGGAACAUGUUGCAUAAUUGGUGCUAAUAAUUACGGUACAGGAAUAAUCCAUAGAAUACUGCUGGAAAGAUACAAUGAAAGUGUCGUUCUAACGUCAUGGUCUGGAUCAUUACAGUUAUCACUGAUGUGUCUCUCAGCUCCUCUUGCAAGUGUAGCGAUAGAUAAGUACAGCUGUCGGACAUCUGUUAUUUUGUCUGGCAUACUGUUUGUCUGCGGAUACUGGGCAACUGUGUUCGCCCCAAACAUGCACGUGGCAAUAUUUACUUGUGGAGUGACAGCAGGGAUUGCCGCAGGGCUGGGAUAUACUGCUAGUAUAGUGGUGAUAGGUUUCAAUUUUAAAAGGAGAAAACACAUUGCGUUAGGACUCACCUUGUCAGGAAUGGGAGCUGGAAUAUGUGCGUUUGCUCCUCUUAUGGACUUUGUUCAUACGCACUAUGGUUCAACUGGAUUUUUCAUAGUCAUGGCAACACUGUCAGCAAAUGUUAUUACAUUUGGAACUCUCUACUUUCCAAGCAAACUAGAAAUUUAUACACAUAAACAGCGUGAAAGAGAAUCUGAAUCUAGAUUUGGAGGCAAACAUUUUGUUGGCACUAUAAAUAUGUAUUGUAACUCGAUUUUAAAGAAACCAAUCGUUUUGUUGUCUGUUGCCACGUUUGCAUAUUUUGGUGGCACAGACAUAAUAUUUCUAAAUUUACCGACUUUCGUUUUGUCCAAAGGAUUUACGUCAAUUCAAGCAGCAUUAAUUGUCUCUCUUAAUGGAAUAUUGUCUGUAGUUGGACGUUUCAUCACAGGACUUCUGGCCAGUUUCAAGAAAAUUAAUGUUUUUUGGUUGUAUUCUGGUUGUGCAUGUAUAGUUGCUGCAGCAAUCAUCGUAUAUCCACUCAUUGCGAAUGUCUAUUUUGGUCAACUUACAUUUAGUUCAGUUCUGGGACUUUUCUAUGCAAGUUGUUAUGUGUUAAUUUCUCCUCUAUGUUCAUAUUUUGUGGACAUUCAUCUUACAUCAGCGGCAAUCGGGUUUGUGCUGUUCAGUGGAGGGAUCGGUUCCUUGGUCGGACCAAUGUGUGCAGGUGUUCUGCUUGAUAACGGUGGAACUUACGACCAAUGCCUUUACUCAGCAGGAGGUUGUAUCAUGGUUGCUUCUGUACUGGGUUUACUUACAUCAUGUUGCCAGCGAAAACAGAGAGACAGUUCCAGUGGCACUGAGCCUAUAUGUCUCAGCUACAACCAUAUAUAACUAUUAUCUGCCUAUCUAUGGUUAAGGAACCAGCGCAGAAGCCAUCUAGUUUAUUCAGCUGACAUACUAAGACUUUUUAGUGACGGAAAUCAUAUUUUUCUCACAGAAGUGCUGAGCACUACUAAAUCUGCUAUGAGGUAGGGUUGGCAGGUCGAUCAGAAUAAGCACGGCUAAAAUAGUUUUCAUUUUGCCUUUGUCAAGACUUUAAUUUAUACAUGUAGGGAGGAGUAAUAAUGUUUAGUGACAGCCUACUAUACCCUGCACUUUUUCAGUUGAAUCCUAGGACUAUGUUUCAUUUUGGAUAGCUUAAGGUCAUAUUUUGUUGGACUAAAUUGAGUAUAUAUUUUUGACAUGUUUGGUAGAUAUAAUAGAGAAACCGUAUUUGGUGAGUACCUGAAAUUCAGUAUUAGUCUGAUUUUACUAAAUCCAAGUACUGUAAUUUGUACGUCUGCUUUGUCUUCAUUUCAUGUUUGUUUUAAGAUGCCUAUUCAAAUUGAGGCAAUGACUUAAAAUCAAAAAUAAUACCACGCUACGAACAUUGCACAUUGAUACAAGAUAUACAGGGAAUAGUAUUUAGAGCUUCAGUAUUUAAACAAUAAACAGUCUAAUUUACCCAUUCUUGACUUGAUACAGGUUUCAAAUACAUGAUAUCUUGUUUGAUAACAAAAUGAAAAAUUGCUACGGCAACAAUGUAUGUACGUCAAAACUACUAAAGUUUAACGUUUUUGUCUGGAUAAAAAGUUAAGUGUGAUGGUUCGGAAAGUGUACAUAAUUAUUUAAUGUAUUAUUACCACAGUAUGAAUAUGUACUACUACUAAAUGUGCCAGUUUUUGUCAAAUGACAGUUUAAAGAUAUUGCUUGACAGUUGUAAAUGCAGGUCGACAUACACACUUUUGCAUAUGAAUAUCUUAAAUGUUUUUAUCUCAAACAGAAAGGCGACAAUUUAGAUCACGACGUUCCCUCUAUUAAAUAACUACAUGUAGAUUUGUUUUGAACUUAAAAAAGCGUUUAUAACUCAUCUGUCCGAAGACCCGAGCAUCCGGAUGUCGCCGUUUGCAUCACACACUGGUAACAGUGUUUCAUGCAAGAACAUAUCUGAGAUCUUUAAACUUCAAAUAGGAAUUUCUAGUCAUGAAAUCUUCUGUAUAAGCAAAGUCACAUAAAAUACCUCCUGUCUCUUUUACGGCCCUUCAUUUUGACUUUGCAUGCUAAACAUGACAUUUCGAUGUAGGUGCUAGCAUCAUUUGAAAAUGUAGUCUUAAACAAUACCGUUUUGUCUUUCUCCAGAGUUUGCAUUUGUAUUGAGUACCUUUUUUGUCCUGUUUUAUAUCUAGUGUCAUUGUUUAGACGUAGCCGCCUAAGUGGAGAGUCAUGCAGCCGGUUAACUCAGUCGGUAUAGCACUCUCCUGCAAGCGAGAGUCCUCGCGUUAGAGCCCCAGACUUACUGCACAUUUAUUUCACCGUGCGACACUAGGAUAUGCAUACCUGGGAAAACUAUGCUUUACUUUAAUUUAUCAUAUGUUUGACGUCGCGGAAUGAAAUAAAGCCAUUGAAUAAAAUUGAUAAUACACUAGUUUAAUAAAGCUUUCACGUCGACGUCGAAGUAUGGGGGACGUUGGUGAAAUUAAUGUGUUUGUAAUAGCUAAAGAAAGUAGAUUUGUUGGUGUUAGAGCAGGAAAAGCUAUCAUGUGAUAUUGUAUAUACUAUUGUAUAUUACAUUUGUGACUUUCCACAUUGAAUUUAUUAAACUCGUUGAAUAAAAUUGAUAAAAUGCUCGGCAGAGCCUCGCAUUUUAUUAUUUCAUUCAACUCGUUUAAUAAAUUCAGUAGGAAAAGACACUUAUGUAAUAUCCCCUAUGUGGGACUAAUUACCACCCACAAAAUCACCCCUUAUUUGAUGAUGGUGGACAUAAACCUCCAUAUCAUUAUGCUAAACAAACAGUUUAAAACGAAAACUAAUAUCAACGUAUUUUUUUCAACAUUUAAUCUCCAUUUUAAAACGAAACGAGUCGAAAAUCUUAAUGUUUAACAAUAAAGAAGGCACUUUGUUUUGUCUGCGACGACUUCGUCUGUUUUCCGUUACAUAAAAAAAAAAUCGUUACAUAAAAAAAAAAUCCUUUGAAAAACAAUUCGUAUAUUUAUAGUAAUGCACCGUUUUGUUACACUGACCUAUUUUUUCUCAAUAAUUUAGAUGGUGUCUGAUACGCAAACUAAAACAUGAAUAAAGUAGAGCAGAACCUAUUUAAUCUUAACCUAUCCUAAAACAAGUACAAAGUCUUAACAAUGCAUGAUUGUUUAUGUUAAUUGUAGGAGCUAUUUUCAUGUUUAUCAAAUUUCUUGCUAUUUAGAAAACAAUCAAACAAGUGCGCAGACUUUGGGGGAAUGUUAUUUUUGAAGCUUUUAUACGUUCAUUUUUAUCUUUCUAUUUUACAUUUUCAUGACAUUUAAAUUUAUAUAGAGGGGACGUUUUUGCUUCGAUCAGACUGAAUUGUCUUUCAUGAAUGAACACCAGAUGCAAUAUAUUUUUUCAUGAGUUGCAUAGCCACGAAUGAAAAUGUAAUAAAUGAUGUUUAUGUGUGAAAGAUGUUACAUGUAAAACAAACCUAUUUUCUUUUUAUUUCAUGUUUUGAGUAGAAUUAACCACUUUAUUAUUUCUUACUUGUGUAAAAUAUAUUUGAUAUUUUCACUGUGACAAAAAGAAACAGAUAUAUUUUGUAAUGGUCACUCUGUUGGCGAACACUGACUAAUAAGUUCCCCUUCCAAUAUGAGGUGUUAACCUGUAAGCGUUGGUAUAAAACAUGCGGCAGUUUAGAUUCUUGACGGAUAGAGUAUAUCUGUAGUAUUGUGCAAAUAAACGUAUUAAACAAUU